AUGCAGACGACUCCGCACCGCGUCCACCGCGAAGACGAUGGCAGCAGCGACACGCCACCCGCGUCGACGCCCCCGCGCGACCACUCGACGCUGCUGCGCGAACAAGCGGCCGAGCGCGAGCGGCUGCGCAUGGACAACUUCAACCAGGCGCUGCGCAUCAACUUCCUCGAGGAGCGGCUGCUGCGGAUGAAAGAGGGCACGGAGUUUGCCAGUGAAGACCUCGAGAGCGAGUUGGCGCAGCUACGGAUGGCACUCGAGGAGCGCGAGCACGAGCUGCGGCAGCGCAACUUUAGUAUGAUCCGAGCCACGGAAGCCAUUGACCUGCUGCACGCGCAGCUCGAGGACGCGCGCGCACGGGCUGACGCGCAGCUCCAGCAGCAACUGGACUCCACCAGCGGCGGCAUUGAUGCAGCAACGGCCGCGACGUGGCGCGCCGAACGCGAGGCAGCUGUACGUCGAGACCACGACCGAGAGGCAAAGAUCCACGAGCUCGAACACGAGCUGCAGCAGCAGACAGAGGCUGUCAAGACACUGACGGCCCAGUGGCAGGAGCUGCAGGAAGUGAGGAUGCGGGAGCAGCAAGAAGACGAGCUGCAGAGCCACCGAGAGCAGCAGCACUUGCAGCAAAGUGAGAUGGCUAAUGCCAAAGCGCUGGCCGAAGCCGAGCACUGGCAGGUCGUGAGCAAGCAGCAGAGUGAGCAAGUGGCAGCACUGCAGCUGCAGGUCGAGGCAGUGAGACAGGAGAAACAAGCGCUGGAUGCGCGGUAUCAGGAGAAACUGCACCGAAUGGAGGAACAGGUGCAGCAUCAGAUGCAGCAGCUGCAGUGCGAGAGCGAGAACUACCGCGCCGAGCACACGCGACUGUUGACAGAUUGCGAGAAAACGCAUUUUGACAAGGAGCGACUGGUGAUGGAGAACAAGAGCAUUGAGCAGGAUCGAUUGAGACUGCAGGCUGAAAUGGAGCGGAUGGCAAAGGAGAGGCAACAGCUGGCUGGAGAGUUGGAGCGACUGCGGCUGCAACAUGUCCGGUUGGCUGCGGCUUUGGAUGAGCAGACAAAGUCGAUCGAGAGCUUUAACGCCGAACGGAAAGUCGCUGUCGACACUAUUCGCCAGCUUGAAAACAAGCUGCACGAGCGACGCAAGCUUGCAAAGGAUCACGAACUGACAGUUAAAUCGCUAGAAAGCCGGUUGGAACGUGCUGUGGCUGAAGAAGCACGGCUAGGAAAGGAGAAUGAGAGUAUGAGACAGGAGUUUGCUCGACUGCAGGCCGAUGCUGAGCAGGUUGCGAGAAAAAGGCAGGCAUUGACCGACGAGAAUGUCAAGAUGGUAUCAGCUUGCCAAGAGCUGACGAAGGUAGUGGAUAGUCUGAAGACGGAUCGCGAAGCUGCUGCGAGCACCGUUCAUCAGCUCGAAACGGAGUUGGACCAGCUAAAGAGGGACCAUGAGAUGACGGUCCAAGAAUUGGAAAGCCGACUGAAACAUGCUGAGGGCAAGGCGCGUAGGAUAAAAGAGCAGUAUGAUUUAGCUGAGUCACGCUGCCAACAGACGUCGAACGAGCGGCUACUGGCGUUGGAGAAAGACCGCCAAAGUAUGGAAGAAGAUAACCGAUGUCUGCGUGCAAAAUUGUCUAGUUUCCAGGCGGACCUCAAAGCGAUGGAGCAUAAACUGCAACAUAGCGAGAAACGGGUUUCGAACGAAGCCGCCGGCACGCAGAAGCAGCACCGCUAUCUUUUGGAGUGUCAAUUGGACUUGGACAGGCAAGCUGCUCAAUCGCAGAAGUACGAAAAAGAGCUUGCUAGCUGUAAAGACGAGUUGAUUCGACGGGCAACGCGCGUACGAGACCUUGAGCGGCAGCUAGCAGAAGCAGUAGCGGUUGAUAUGUCGACAGGUACGACAGCUCGAGUGCUGCAACGAGAAUGGGACGAUCAGCUUGCCACGGAGGAAAUCACGCUAGUACGACAAUUGGAGCAAGAACGCCAACGGGCUAUUGAGGCAGAGCAGACGGCUAGAUCGGCGAGGAAGGAGAAUAUGUCAGCACAGCGAGAGCUAGAGGAAGUGGAGAUGGAACUUGGCCCACUUUUGUCAGGUCGCAGUCCUGUCCGUAGGGACGGUCGGCACCAGACGGUGGCGAGUUUGGCUCGAGAAGCUAUUGCUGCUCUCAAAGCCGAGUUAAAGGCUGAGGCGAUAACGUUGGAGACACGCUGGGAACGACAGGUGUCUUCGAUGAACUCCAAACUUGAGCACUUGACUACUCAAUUGCGCGCAAGCCAAAGCAAGCUCCACUCUUUGCAACGCUCGUCCGUUCACGCGAAUGAUGCGAGGCAGUCCGUGGAUACGAAGACAUGGCCGACGUGGUACGAAGAGUUGCGUAUGAAUACAGAUGAGGAAAGGCGGUCUUUCGAAGAUGAAAUCCACUAUUUACAGACUAGGGCAGCAAAAGCGGAAGAGGCUUUGCUUCGAGCACGGAGUGACGUCCAGGCCAUGAGGCAAAGCACGGGUGAAGAGCCCCAGGACGAUCAUCGUGCUAUGAAGGAAAGCAAUCGGCUACUGUUUCAGGAGGUCCAGGAGCGUCGGAGAGCUGCUAGGUAUGCUCAGAAACUGCAUGGACAAUCGAUUCGUGAGAACGAAGACCUACUGGAGGCAGUCGCGAUGUACAAAGAUGUCAUUGCUCGUCGCGACAACGACAUCGAGAAAUACAGGUCCGCUGUGACGAAGCUCACGCAAAAGCUGCAGCGACGCGUCGAAUUGGGCGACGUGAAGCAAACGCUGCUGGGGCAGUUGGAACAAACUCAGUAUAUGAUCACGGAGACGAGCAAGCGGUGGGAAGACAGUCCGAUCUCUCGCGCCUCCGUACUUGGUGUUUGUGGUAGAGAAGAUAGAUACGAAGCAGCAUUUUCGCGGCUGGACGAAUGCAUCGGUCGCAUGCAUCUAGUGUCCAAGCGGUGGGGUAGCUUUUUGGAGCAAUCUCAAGAGCUGCAUCGACGGUACGGCGAUGCCUGGAAGUCAGCAUAUCGAGGAGUCGAUCGCAUCAAGAACCAGCCUCGUUGGGCUGAAGACGUUAAGCGAGAAUGCUCUCGACUUCUUACUGAGGCUGUACGUGUCUCCGAAACAAUUCGUGAUGUCGCCAACAGCAUUGUCAGCUUGCUCCGGAGGGAGCGCAAUGAUAGCAAGCAUGUCGAAGCGGGGCGCACCAUUUCCGUGGACAGCAACUCAUUAGUGAAGCAGCAAGAUGGCAUGCCGUCAGCCUGCAGCGACUUGUUUGACGAGGAUUGCGAGACACUGCAGUCGCGAAGUGUCAGCCCGUUGCGGUAUGCUGGCCCCGUCAAGCAAAACCGAUCUGAUGCACCGCGCCGCUACCCGAAGACGUCCACCUCCUCUCGCCGCACUGCGAAUUUGCCGUGCAAAAACUCUUUGUCCUCGAUGGGGCGUAAGGUACACGACCUGAAGACAGAGAUUCAACAAGGCUCAUGA